CUCUAGCCCUAGCAGAAUAGUAGGCUUUUUCUCCAUCCUCCGCAGUCCGCCCGAGGUGACUCUAUGGUUGCGGGAGGCUGGGCGCGCUCCUCUCCGGCAGAGGCGGGAAGGGAGAGCGGGCUUGAAGCGGAGCCGCAGAGAGAGCGGGGCAGCCAUGGCCAGAGGUGCCCGCCGAGGGGAGCGGGAGGGCAGGGGAGCCAGGGCGGGUAUUGGGCUCUGGGGAAAUGAGGGGCACUAGGACCCCAGCAGGGCCAGGCGGGGCUGGUUUGGAGGCUCCUCGGAGUCUGAGCAUCCACGGGGCGGGAGAGGGAAGAGUCCCCGACAGCCCCACGGAUUCCCCUAUUCCGAGACAAAGAAAACCCGUGGAGCUGCUGCUGUUUCCUGACAGGGCUCCUGCGCUUUCAAAGCAGCAGCAGCAGCAUGACAGGACAGGCAGAAAUUCGCCAGGUGUAGCCUUUUCGCUCCUCUCUGUGAUGAGGGGAGACGCAUCUCCUCGCCUGCUGGAUUUCUGCCUGUAGGCAGCCGUGACUGGACGCAGUUCUUAUGUUUUUAGUGCUUAUGAGAUGAUUUUGGCUUUCUGGAGGACUAGAUGAGUUGCUGUGUGUGUGUGUGUGUGUGUGUGUGUGUGUGUGUGUUUGUUUGGAUUUAUACCCUGUCUUUCCUCCCCAGGAGGACCCCAGGGUAGAUAUACAUAUACAGUAUAUAUAUAUGAAAUAGUCUGUGAUGUUUUGGAUCUUUUUAGCUGUGGUAUGUUUGGACCGUAAUCGGGGUGGGUUUUUUUGGGGGGGGGGUCUUUUUAACAUUUUGCAAGUUGUGUUUAAACAUUUCUUGUUACAUUGCUCAGAGAGCUGUGUUACAGGGCAAUUAAUGAAUAAGUGAAUGAGUAAGUUGCAUGUACUGUAUUGAGCAGACGUAUAGCUGCCAGAUGUCCAGCCUUCCAUCCUCCCCAAGAGGAAGGACGCUUGGGAUGCACAGGAACUCUGCUUAUAUGAUAUUGUAUUAAACAGCUGCACAACAUGGAUAAAAUGCAACUGGUGGUGAUUUCUACCAUCCCUGAUUAAACAAAGUCCAGCUAUCAGAUUUCUGUCUCACAUACUGGUGUUAAAAUGCACAGGAGCUGUGCUAGGGGAAAUUUUUUAAUAUAUAGUAUGAGGGGCAUAAGUCACAACAGGCUUAUUCUCUCCCCCUCCCCCAUUUCUGCCUCCCCACUCUACUUGUUGGAUUGUUUCUGCAGUAUUGUUUGAGAUACGGGAUGCUAAACCACUGAGCUUCCCUGCAAUGGGGUGAGUUCUGAGUUCCCGUUGCUCUGUCCCAGUUCCUGCCAACCUAGCAGUUGAAAGCACAUUAGUGCAAGUAGAUAAAUCGGUACCGCUGUGGCGGGAAGGUAAACAGUGUUUCCAUGAGCUCUGGUUUCCAUCAAGGUGCUCCAUUGCACCAGAGGCGGUUUAGUUCUGCUGGCCACAUGACCCGGAAAGCUGUCUGGACAAACACCAGCUCCCUUGAGCUGAAAGCGAGAUGAGUGCUGCAACUCCAUAGUCGCCUUUGACUGGACUUAACCGUCCAGGGGUCCUUUACCUUUUAACUUUAAUUGUUUGAGAUACAUUAUUGUUUUUCCUAGAUGGGUUGAGCUCCUGUACAUUUAACAGUGCGUGACAGGCACUGCUAACUAUUCUUCAUUCAUACCUGGAAAAAACCCUCUUAUAUUUCUGUCUGCCAUGCAGCUCAAUGCACAAGAACACUGCUAGGAAUGGAUGGAGGUGAAACUAAUAUCAACUGGCUCCUUCAGAUGGAGGAUGAAUGACACUUUAUUCAGAGAUGAAGAAGUGUAUAAAAAGGCCCAAAAAACCUUGAGAGACUAUUUUGAGAUAAAUAUGAAUACUAAUGUAGAAAAAAGAGUAAUCUGGGACGCAAGCAAAGCGGUCAUGAGAGGGUUUCUGAUACAACAGAAUGCUAUAAAGAAGAGAAGCCAAAAUGAGAAGAAAGAUAAAAUUCUGGAGAAAAUAAAAGAAAGUGAGAAGAAAUUGAGAGCAAAACCAAAGUCGCAGGAGAUUUUGAGAGAAAUAAAGUUAUAUCAAGUACAAUAUAUGGAAAUGAUGAAUCAGGAAAUAGAAUAUCUAUCUGAUAUGCAGUAGUUAAAUGCUCAGUAGGACUUACAGUGCCUUAACAGAAAAAAUAAAAUACAAUCUGGAAAGCAGAAUAUACUAAAAGUGUUCAUCCCAAAAAGUCACAUAGGACAAAACGAAAAUCAACCCCAUCCCCUUACUAAAAGUAAGGUCAUUAUUUAGGCAUUGAACCUUCUCACAUAUACCUUGGCUAAGUUUUUAUUUCUUUUUCUUCAUUUUUUGAUGUUGGAAAGUAAGAUGGCAUUUCUGUUGAUUAUCUUUAACAGUUUAUUUUGUGGGGAAAUUGAGAGAAUGAGAUCAUUUCAGCAAAAAUACAAAUCCCCACCCCCCCACUGGGACUCAUAGCUGUCCUUCUGUUUAGGAGUCUAAUUCUAAUUUUGGAAGAUAGCAUAGGGAUUAUCCUGCUUUGUGUAAAAGGAGGGAAGUAGUUUCAAUAGCACAAAUUACCGUACAUUGUUUGUUGGUUAACUGAUCUGUUUUCUCUGCAGUGUGGCAGCAUCCCUAUCUAAACAUCUUCAAGCACUUUAAAGUUGAGGAAUGGAAAAGGUCCACGAAGGAGGGCGAUGUGACAACCUUUAUGGUAGUGUCAGAAGUUCCUGAUCCUUUCUUGGGUAGUUAAACGUAGCCUUGGUAUUAGCACUCAGCUGGUCGCCUGUGGUGAGUGGAAAUAGUCUGCAGACGACCAAGUGUGGCACUGCCACCACUGCUGCAUGUGAGCUCUCCCUUCCAUGAAUAGGUGGGAGAUGGAAAGAGCGACAAAUUUAUCCGGCCUUUCCCUAAUGGAACUCAGAAGUAGCAUGCAUAAGGGCACCUUUGCCUCCAGGUAUCUGGACAACAAAGUAGUAAUCCAAAACCUCUGUAAUCAUAAAAUCAUUGAAUUGUAGAGUUGGAAGGGACCACAAGGGUAAUCUAGUCCAACUCCCUGCAGUGCAGGAAUCCUGCCCACAGCCAUCCCUGGGUGGGUUUCAAACACCAACCUUCUGGUCAAGAGCCAGGCGCACUGACCCAUUACACCAGGUUGAAGAAGGCUGGGCCAGCCACAGACCUGUUUUGGCUUUAGGAAGGUUUCUGCAUCAUAUGCCUUCCCACCAAAGCCAUGUACAUUUUCAUAUGUGUCAGAACUUCCAUCUGCUGGAGGUCUCAAACCUGGGGCUUUCUGGGAAUUGAACUGGAUCCUUGUCCCCCUCCACUUGGGUAUCACAUCAGGGAGAGUGAAAUGGAACACUAAGUCCUUUGCUGAUCUUUCCUUAAUGCUGUGUUAAUUGCCAUUGUGCUACAUACGGGAUUCAGUAUCCUUGGUUUCCUCCAGCCUUGUACUCCAGCUUCUGUGUGACUUGAUUUAUUUUACCUGAGCUGUUCCAUCUGUUUUAUCCUCCUGCCUUCAGGACAAGACUCUGAAAGGGACAGUGUACCGCAUCAGUGGUGCUGUGCCUGCUAGUAACUACCUCCAGCUCCCCAAGACCAGCACACAGUCAUUGGGUCUCACCGGUCGCUACCUCUACAUCCUCUUCAAGCCAGCACCGACCAAAUAUUUCGUGGUGCACUUGGACGUUGCCACAGAGGUGAGUGUUUCUCUCCUAUUUAUUAAUGACCAGUUGUGUAAUGAAAUGAACAGGAGGACAAUAUUAGGUGGUCUGAGGCAAUGCAGAUCUCUUACAGUACCCUUUGUGGUACCAUCGAGUGGGCCUAUCCUCUUUGGAGGCCUUGAUCCAUUCACCUUUGCAGAACUUGGCUUUGUGAGCAUUGUAAAGGUAAAGGGACCCCUGACCAUUAGGUCCAGUCGUGACUGACUCUGGGGUUGCGGCGCUCAUCUCGCUUUAUUGGCCGAGGGAUCCGGCAUACAACUUCCGGGUCCUAUGGCCAGCAUGACUAUGCUGCAUCUGGUGAAUAAGAGCAGCGCACGGAAAUGCCGUUUACCUUCCCUCCGGAGUGGUACCUAUUGAUCUACUUGCACUUUGACGUGCUUUCAAACUGCUAGGUUGGCAGGAGCAGGGACCGAGCAAUGGGAGCUCACUCCGUUGCAGGGAUUCAAACCGCCGACCUUCUGAUCAGCAAGUCCUAGGCUCUGUGGUUUAACCCACAGCACCACCCACGUCCCGUGAGCAUUGUAGCUUUCGCUUUAAUGAAAUGCAAAGUUCUAGUCCUUAUGGUUGUUAAAGAUAGGCCUGAAGAAAUCUCAAAGGGCCUCCGGAAUAAGAUUACUGUAGGACAGGAAUGGAGAAUCAUUGCCCGGCAGAGCUUCCCCACCUGCUGGCUCACUUAUAGAGCAGUUGCUGUGCACACAGAAAAGCUCAAAUGAAAUCCUUCACACUGCUAGUUUAAUCUUAACUUUUUUGUUUACUCCACUCUUCAGCCAAAAAGCCUCCCAGAGCAGCUUACAUAUAAUCAGGGGCAAUAAAAGACCUUCCUCACCAACAGACAGUCAGAAAGGCAUAACAAAAAAAGGAAAUGAGGCGGGAAGAUAGGGGAGCCAUAAAAACUCAGACACUAGUUCUUAAAGUUAGAUUGUUGUUGUUGCUAUAAUACCAAGCUGGAAUGAACACAGUUCAGAGAUGGUGGAGCCAAACAGUUGGGAGUUAGAACACCUUGCUGAUCAUCAAGAGAUCACUCAGUAGAUCCUGAACUACCUUCUGCCCAUCAUUGGUCCACACAGGUCACAGUAUGUAGCUUUGCUUAAAAUGUAGGUUGUCUUUCAUCAGCCAUGGUUACUGAUAUUUAUUGUUUCUUAAGAACUGGGUGUUUGCUGCCUUCCUAUUGAAAUAGCCAACCCAUGUGACUAGUCUGCAUUUCUUUAUUUCCAGGACAGCCAGGUGGUCCGCAUUUCCUUUUCCAAUCUCUUUAAGGAGUUCAAGUCAACUGCCACAUGGCUGCAGUUCCCGUUUAUUUGUGGGGCAGCCAGAGGGUCAGUCUAUGAAAGCACAUCCAAGGCUUCCAAGCAAGGUAAAACGCAAAGAAGACCAACCAAAUUGCUGUUUGCUCAGCAAGCUUAGGUAGCUCUGAAUGCCUUCUGUUUUGGUCCUCAGGAUGCUGGUGGCUGAAAUUAGAAGUUCCUUGAGAAACUAGGUUUUUGGUCAGACUCUGAGUUGAUCUGGUAGGGAGAACAGAACGUGGUUAUGGAUGAAGAAGCAAAGCUUUGCCACCCCCAAAAUAAUACUACUUUGGGCAUUUAUAUAAUAGCACCUUUGAUUGUUCCUAAAGGUAAAGGUAAAGGGACCCCUGACCAUUAGGUCCAGUCGUGACUGACUCUGGGGUUGCGGCGCUCAUCUCGCUUUACUGGCCGAGGGAGCCGGCAUACAUCUUCCGGGUCAUGUGGCCAGCAUGACUAAGCCGCUUGUGGCGAACCAGAACAGUGCACGGAAACGCCGUUUACCUUCCCUCCGGAGCAGUACCUAUUUAUCUACUUGCACUCUGACGUGCUUUCGAACUGCUAGGUUGACAGUUCCUAGUGCUUCCUAUAUGUUAUCACAGCAAUCCUUCUAAGCGUCCUUUAAAGUAGACCAUGAUGAUUAUCCUUAUACCUUAUAUGGGAAGCCGGCACUGAAAGAUUAUUGGUUCCCCAGGAAGUUUGGGACCUAGGAGAGAUUUGAACUGGGUGCUUACCUGGAUCCCAGCUCACAAUCAUAGCCACUUCCUCACAAAGCACACAUUAGAAGUGGGCUAAUGCGUGAAGCCCAUUCUGCCUGUAAGGUUUGGGAUUUAGUGUGUUGAAUGUCUAUAUAAAUUCAGGUGUUUCCUUGGUGUGUUUCUGACCUUUAGACCUGGUGGGCCUGGCUCCCAGCAGUGUGCGGUGGACCUGCCUGAUUCUUGACCUCCGCUACAUCCUCUCUCUGUACUUGAACAGAAGCUAUAGCCAUCUCAAGAGUGUCAAGCUCUGCUCCAACCUGCUGGUGAAAAACCUGUUCACUAGUGACUUGCUCUUUGAUCCAGGUGAGAAUUAAAAGGAACUUGCGUAAAGGAUCACUGACUUAAUAGUUUUAUGAAUGUGGCUGCUAAGAUCUCAUGGUUAAAGCUGUUUUAUAUCUAGGGCAUUUAUUUAUUUAGAUCAUUUAUAUGCCAUUUUACUUUGGGGUCGGGGAAUACACAGCUCACAACAUUUCUUCAAACAUUACAAACAUAGUGUAACAAUAUAUCAAAAAAAGAACAUCAUGAAAGAAAAUCAAAUGGAGAAACAAAAAAAAUUCCACAUUUCAAGCAGCCUCAUUAGCAGCAAAACGGAACAGCCUUUUCAACAUCAGCACAAGUUUGUCCCCCUCGUAUUCACCCCAAAAUCCAAAAUGAAGAAUUACCACCUACAGCUAUAGACCACUGAGGACGGAGCGUAAAGGGGUCCCUUUACGGAGCGUCCUCAGUGGGCAUGGAAUACUAACUGAAAUGUGGAAGAAAACUGAGAAGGCGGGGAAUACAGUCCAAUUACUUGGAACCCUGAACACUCCAGAUUGCAACAUGUUCAUGCCAAGCCCCACUUUUUAACUGGAAGUCAUGAAUUCCAGCUGUUGAGACUUAUAGCACAAACAGACCCCAGUCUGCCAAUCAGUAAUAGGAUACUGACUACUUUGCAUACCAUAGGAUUAGGCUGGUGUAAUGCUGUUCGCGCAGAGGUUGAUACUGGAGUUCUACAAGCUGUUUUUCUAACAAAUGAUGCUUCUGCCUCCUUCAUCCUUUCUGUGCUUUUAGGUGUAACCUCCUCUGAGGCUCAUCAGUCCAAAUUAGCGACGCAGGGCAUCUCCCCCAUGCCACGAGAAAUGACAUUUCCUGUGCCGAAAGGUGAAAAUUGGCAUGACCUCUACGAUUAUGUUAGGUAUGGUUUGCUGAAUUGUAUUUCUGUGGUUCUAUGUGGGAUGUCAGCUUUCUUCCUUUGCUUCUCUUUAUAACUGGUAUAUCUCUCCUUUAGAGGUUAAAGAAAUGGUGUGUGUGCAUGUGUGUGUUGUGAGUGAGCAGUGCUAUAGUUCAUGUAUGCUUCUGACUAUUGUGUCUCCAUAACUUGCCAGGAUUUGGCAUAUUUUAUCAAUUUAUAAGAAUUCUUACCUGCCCUUCACCACAAGGUAGGUUACAACAACAUAAUAAACAGUUAUAAAAACCAAACAGCCAACAAUUUUAGAGAGUAAAACUGCUCCAACCAGAAGAGAACAGUAUGGGUUCAACAAAAGAGGUGAGAUCCUGCAAAACAAAAUACUUUUAACUUUAAAGACCAGCAUAAAGAGGUGUGUCUUCAUAUGGUAAAAGCUGUACAGCGAAGAUGUUAGAUGCACCUCUGUUGUUCUCGAUCUAUAUCUCACUUUUCCUCUAAGGAGUUCAAGGUGGUGCACAGGGUUCUCUGCUCCCUAUUUUAUCCUCACAACAACCCUGUGAGGUAGGUUAGGUUGAGGGAAGGAGAAUAACUGGCCAGAGGUUGCACAGUGAGAUGCAUGAGCUUGGAUUUGAACCCUGGUCUCCCAACUCCACUGCGCUAGAAUACUCAAACAUUAGCCAACUCCAAGGAGAUUUCAACUGAACCAAAUAGGCUUUUUACCAUCCCUGCUCUCGAGAAGCUUCUGGAGUCUGGCACAUAGCUCAGUAGGAAGAGAGGUGCCCCUGCAGAACUUAGUGUUGGCAGUGAUACUGCACUGGACAGGAUCCUGAUAAACACCUCUAUGGUGCUGGGACUAAGGAACAUCAUUGGGCUGCAUUCCUGUUACUGCAUUUGGGGAUUUGAAGUAGAUAUUUUCCGCAUAUCUGUAAAUACAGAAAGCUCCCCGAAGAAAGCCGUUUGGCUGCUAACCAUUCAUUAAGAGUAUCUUGAUAUAUGGUCACCCUCUUUGGUUUGUCCAGGUUGUUUAUUGCAACAUGCAGAAUUUGCUGCAUCUGGCCACAUUCCAAUGGCCAUAGUCAGUGUAACUCUGUGUUUUUUGUCUGGCAGUCCAGCAUCCUCCUUUGAGCCAGUGAAACAAAACCAUUUCUUCCUUACAUUCCAUGCUUUUUACCAGUCACCCUUUCUCUGAUCUUCUUGCUCAGGUUUCCUUCUGAUGGGUCCAAGAUGCCGUUUGACUCUAUUCAAAAAGGCACUUUGAAUCCUGCUGCAGGUAGGCAAAAAAAGAAAAAAAGGGAGGCUGUAGGGAAAUGGAAGCUCUUCAUCCCAGGACAGAAUUCAUCCAACACAGACCACCUUAUGCCAGAUGAGAGCGGAUGUGAGCAAAACAUCUACUACAGGAGUAGCCAAUGUGCUGCCUUCCAGAUACUCUUAACUCCCAUCAACUCCAACAAGCAUGGACAGUGGUCAGGAAUGAUGGGAGUUGUAGUACAGCAACAUCUGGAGAGAACCACAUUGGCUAACCCUGUACUAAAAGAUGCUACUAGCCAUGAUCACUAUGUUCUACCUCCAUUGUUGGAGGCAGUGUACCAGCUUCUGGGAAUCCUAAGUUGGGGAGAACAUUGUUGCACUCAGGCCUGCUUCCAGAAGUUUUCUGCUCUCCCUUCCUGAAUUCAAUAAUAAAUGAGUUAGCAAUAGAAUACAGUCCUUUUUGCAGCAAUGCGUGGCUUGUUCCGGUCCUGGAAUCGAUUCCCAUUUGAGACAGUUUCCCCUAGAGGUCUUCAAGAACCUAAUGGUGCAAUCCUUUACAUAUCUAUUCAGAAGCAAGUCCCAGGUGAGGUUAUGUAGCCUAGAUAUGAUUACCUGACAGCACAGCCCCAUUGAAUGCAGUGGGACUUAUUUCUGAGCAAACCUACAGUGGAUUGUUGUCACGUGUCUUCUGCUUGUCCUUUCAGUUCCUCAUGUAGAAGACAAUCCAGUUGGCCAGUUUCCAAAGGAAGUAUUUCUAAGCAAGCCUGUUCAGGACAGAGUGUCUCUCAUCCAACAAAUUACCAGCCCGAAGCGAGUGAGUAUGCCUUGAUAGCUAUUUCUCUUGCCCAGAGCCAUGUACGGUAUAUUUUGGAAUUGGAUUGCAUCUGCCUUUUCAGGAAGCAGUGCUCUAUGGCAGUUGCAUCUGGCAAAGGGUCUUGAUUUAGCCCUCCUUAGAACCUGGAAAUUUGUGACUGUGAUCCUUGCUUUUCAACACUUAUCAUUUUCUCAGACUCCUCGCCGGUCUCCCUUCCUUACAAAGAACAUCCCCAAGAUUCACCGGGUAACCUCUGCGCCUGUACAGACAGUAGACACUGUGGACCAGACCUGCUGGAGGGAGGAACCACAGGCCAGGGGGGAUUCCUCUCUCCCAGCACCUUCAGAGGGCGAUGGCAGCAUUCAUGGUUACGCCCGCAAGAAUGGGGAUGUUACUGUUCAUGCUGUCAGUGUUGAUUCUGAUGAGGUAAGCAUGCACCAUAGCCAUGACAUUUGAGUGCACAUCCUAGAAUAAUAAAUCCAUAGCUUGUUUUCACAUUUGAUUGGAAAAGAUGGUCAGAUGAGGAAGGCUUCUCUGCUAGUCAUCAAGAAAUAGACAGCAAAAGAGCCACCAUUGCUGCUUCCCAGAGAACUUCUUACCUGUUAAAGGGAAGAUAUAUAAUACUCUUACUUCCAAAGGACUCCAGGGCAGCAAGAUGACUCUUGUCUCUGUAAGGAGAAGUGUGCAAUGGCUACUUCCUCUCGCUUGAUUGUGAGAGUAUUAUGUGCAGUGAAAUUGUAUGUUAUGGGGAGCCAUCUGGGAUACAGCCACUAGGCUGAACUUUGCCUUUAUAAGGUUGCACAAAGAGUGCAAGCAACAUAGAAAAAAUAUAACGCUCUAUGACAAGGGUGGGAUACCCACCACCCUCCAGAGGUUGGACUACAACCCCCUUCAUCCUGACCACUGGUCAUGCUGGCCAGUCCAACUACAUCUAGAGGGCUAAUAGAUAAUAACACACCCCUAAAUGGUUCUUGACUCCCAUGCCAACAUUUUUUAUUUAUUUUGUCUCUUUCCAGGAUGUGUGUGCACAAGCGAUGGGGCCAGUUCGUUGCAUGGUGAGAGAUCCUGCCUUUUAGUACUAUUUAAAGUACCACUCUUAAACUUCCCAUCUCCCCUUGCUACCUGGAAGAGAUGUCUUGAUUUCACAGACAUAGCUACAUCAGGCCUCUUCAGCCACUGAUAGCUGCAGACUGUCAGUAUUUUGCAGGAGAGUUUCAGGCACAAACUGAUUUGCAUAUUUAUAGUGGAUUAAAUCACUCUUCUUACCCUGGUGCAGAGGUUUUCAAACUUUUUGAGUCCAUUGUUUUCUAAAUCCAUUCUUUCAGCGGCAACCCUGUGGGGCUCAAGAGUCCACUUAUGGCAACCCUUGCCUGCAGAGCUGACAGCCUCUCACACUUUUUCGGACACCUUCCCUUGUGGAGUGUUCCCUCAGCCUCCUCUCCCCUCUCCUUGGGAAGUCCUCCAGGCAGCUGCUGCUGCUGUCCCUGGUCUCUGGUGAGCUUCUUCCCCACUAAAGAGAGGUGCCUCCCAGAGGCACCGUUCACCUGCGGAACAUAUAGCCAGGGCUGCUGCUGAAAAAAAAAAACAGUUGUGCAAGCCUUUGGGAAGCAGAGAUGUGAGAGGGCAUCAAAGGAUGCGAUGGAAACAGGGACAGAGACCAGUGUUGCCCACAGCACCCCUGACCAUCAUUCAAGUCACCCCAGGGUGCCACGGCACACUGGUUGAAAACCACUGCCCUUGUGUAACAGAUCCACUUUAAAAAGGAACAAGACUAUUAGUGGUUUGAAAAGCAGCGAGGAAAUGAAUGGAAAAGUUUGAUAUGAACAAAUGAUUAAUGGUAAGAUGUGCAAAUACCCUGUAAACAAAUCAGGAUAAAUGCUCAUUGUCAUGUAACACACACACCCCUUUAACAAAUCAUGACGUAGGCUCAAUAAAGGCCGGCCAUGGCUUUACAACAGCUUUUUGUACAAGCAAAUCAGGAUCAAUUCUGAAUCCACAGGUUGGCUGGAGAAGCUGUGGAUCUCUUGAGUCUUGGCCUCUUUCCUAUUAUCAUUGCUGCCCACACCAGUCCCUGCGCUAGCAGUGGCUGCCGAUCCUCCAAUUCUGGCCACAAGCCAUAUGUGCAUGGAGCAGCUACUGGAAACAGGAAGCUGCCUUAUCCCGAGUCAGACCAUUGGUCCAUCUGUAUGAGUAUUAACUACACUGACUGGCAGCAGCUCGCCAGGCCUUUCGGCCAGCAAUCUUAAGAAAAGCCUGCUGGAUCAGGCCAGUGCCCCAUCUAGUCCAACAUCCUGUUCUCACAGGGGCUAACCAGAGCACUCUGCCCACCGGCAGUUCCCAGCACCUGAUAUUCAGAGGCAUAAUGCCUUUGACCUUGGAGACCGAACAUAGCCAUUAUGGAUGGUCGCCAUGGAUAGCCUUGUCCUCCAUGAAUUUCUCCAUUCCCCCUUUUAAAGCCAUCCAAGUUGGCGGCCAUCACUGCCCCCUGCAGGAGUGAGUUCCGUAGUUUAACUAUGCACUGUGUGAGGUCGCCAUUUAUUUUAUCCGUCCUUAAUCUUCCAAUAAGACCUUUCCCUACCCAGGGAUUGAAUCUGGGACCUUUGCUUGAAAAGCAAGCGCUUUGCCACAGAACAACGGUCUUUAUGUCAAGGAGAGGCCUCUCCCAUCCCAUAAUUUGGUUGGGUAACACGCCCUUACAGGAAACUUCUACGCAUGUCGAGAUUCCUUUCCUGAAUGGAAAAGAUGGAGACUCACUUCAGUGUAUUAUUGUACGUAGUCCUGGCCUUAGCAGAGUAUCUUAAAUCUGAUGACGGGUUGAUUUUUCUCCUCCAGAAGCUCUUGCCAGAUCCAAUCCUGAAGCUGAAGAGGGUCAUUGGGUUUGGAGGCUGCAGCACCAAAUCGGUCAGUAUGCCUGAAUUUAUUCAUCGUACGUAUUUAGCACUUAAUGCUUCAAGUAAGAAGUGUAGUCCGUUCCCUGCAGAAGUCUCUCAUUUGACCUUUUGUCUUGGUCACCCAGGCUCUGUGGGCUGCAAAUGGAUCUGUGGUGGUCUACCCCUGCCACGCUCUGAUUAUAGCAAUUGCAUUAGACACUGGCAAACAGCAGUUCUUUGCUGGGCACACUGAUAAGGUAAUAUUUGUUUCUUUUGUCUUGUUUUUCUACAUGUCAAUAAAAAUACAGGAGAGACUUAAAAAUACACCAGCCCUUCGCAACCUGGGGAUCUUCAGAUGUUAUGUACUGCAACUCUGCUCAGCUCCAGCAAGUAUGGCCAGUGGCCAGGAAUGGGCACCAGGUUGAAGAAGCCUGGUAUGCACCAGGAGCAUUCAUAACGUUAGAUGAAUGCGUUUUGAGACUUGGGUAGAAUUAGAAGCAGUAUUUCGGUAUCUCAUAAACUUCACCCAGCUGUUGUGAAAGCGGGGUUGCGGAACCUGUGGUCAUCCAGAUUGAGGUACAACUCCCAGCAGUUGGCUUAGCUGGCUAGGGGUGAUGGGAGUCAGCAUCCAGCAACACCUGGAGAGCCACAGGUUACCCACCCCUGUGUUAAAGAAUUUCAUAUCCACAGCCUGACUUCCUGCUUUAAUUCGCGAAAGUUAAUUUCUUUGAUUUUGAUCAUUGUGUGCAUGCAGUUUUUGCAGCUGUUAAUAAACAGCAAGGGGCAGGCAUUCUUUUGCUGUGUUAUUUGUCCAAUAUCCGUGUACACCUUUGGCUCCCGCAUAUUGCUUCCAAAAUACCUUUGUCAUCGUUGCUGCAUUGGUGCAUGUCUCUCUGUGUGUAUUGUGUGAAAUCUACAGGUAUAAUACUAUGGAUAUACUAAUACUAAUGGUAAUAAACUAUUGUUUAUGAAGAUGCACUCAUUAAUAAACUGUAGUUUGUUAAGCCAAGGUUCUGGGCAAGUCAGAAUGGGCAACAGGCAUAACUGAGGCUAGAAGGGGAUAGUGGCAGCACUUAAGGGGCAUUCAGACCCAUAGGACCAAGUGCCCCCAUUCAAUUUUAUAGCCCCUAAAAACAGGCGUUAACUCUGGGGGAAAGGGUCAUAUCUAUUUUUUACUAAAAAGAGGAUAUCAAUUAGCUUGAUGAUGAUCGUAAUGGCUAAUUAAUGAGUUGCUUCUUGCAAACAAAAAUGUCUUGAAGUAAAACAUAGUAUACCAGUUUAAAAUAUGACACGUUGAAAAUGUUCAUGUACAAUAAACAAAUUAUAAAAGGAAAAGCAUCCGUCCUCCGUGCAACUGCAAUACCACUACAAACUUGCUAGCACAUGCACACAAAACCAUGGCUGCAAAAAGCACCAUGUCCCUUGAAGCCUUGCAGAAUUGGAACAUCUUUGCCUGCUGUCGAAAAGAUGCCAUUAUUGGCACCGGGUGAUGUUCCCUGGGGAGAGAGCCCUGAGAGACUAAGCUAGGGACCAGAAAGUCUGCAUUUGAAAUUUUGCCUUCAUACGGAUAGCUCAGCUGGUAGAUCACGAGACCCCUUAAUCUUAGGGUUGUGGGUUCAAGCUCCACCUUGGGUGAAGUAUUCCUGCCUUGCAGGGGGUUGGACUAGAUGACCCUUGUGGCCCCUUCUAACUGCAAUUCUAUAAUUCUAUCAUGGGCUUUAGGCAAGCCAUAUUCAUCCUUAGCACCACCACUAACUAUCACCAUCUGCAACGUGGGGAAUAAUAAUUCCAGCCUACCUUACAGGGCUCUUGUAAGUGAAGGUGAAGCUCUUCCAGUUCUAUGUGAAUGCUAAGUAGCAGGUGGUGGCCGAGGUUACAGCAGCAACAGCCAUUCUCUGGAGACCUUCAUGCUUCUGUUACCAGUUUAAUAAAAAACCCCAUAAGAAGGAUUUGAUUACCUUUCAGCUCUUUGAUCAGCUCCUGUAUGUUGGGCAAAUUGGUGUGGUUUGAAAGUGGAGCAGUGACAGGCAGUUCCUUCCUAUGUAAAAGGCACAUGAUUCUCCUGAAAGGAAUCCAAUUCUGCUUAAUGCCACAGGGUAACCUUUCCCACAAUGUCUCAAUUUUCUGCAGGUGGCGGCAUUGGCGUUCAACGGCAACAGCACUUUGCUGGCCUCUGCACAGAUAGGGCAACUGAGUGUGAUACGUCUUUGGGAUUUUCCAUUGGGGAGGUGCCUCUGCAUGUUUAAAACGGGGAUGCAAUCAAUCUCUUGCCUCAGGUAAGUGCAGGAGGGAGCAGGGUAGGCUGGGGCGCAAGGAGGAGCUGGAACUCUUGACUCCCAUAGGCUUUAAUUUUAAGAUUAGUAUGGUACGUAAGGCAAGUCACAGGUUGCGAGAACCAGCGGUUACAUGGGAGGUCAAAGGCAUGGUUGGGCAUGCUCUAAAAUAUUGAACCGACAAGUGACAAGCCCCUUGCACCUUCCAUUUGAGGGAGAGGAGGGCACAGCAUUUAGCAAGCCAAGCAGCCAGAGCCCUGAGGCUAGGCAGGCAAAAGGGCACUCCUUCUGUAGUGGGUUGGCUAGGUGAGGUUUGUGCACACUGGCAUCUCCAUGCCCUAGUUGCCAGCUUGGCAUCAAAUGGUAUUCCCCUCUGUUUCCUGGGAAGGCUGCUGUGUAACGGGAAGGCACUGGAGACAUCUCAGCUGGUAAAGCUGAGGAGUGUGUGUCUGGAACAAAGAUAACAGAAGGCACCUCUGAGAGUUUUCCUGAGCCUCCUUUGGAGGGCAGAUCUCAACAGAUGUCUCUUGAUCAAAAUCUGCUAUGCCCACCCUGCCAAGGGUCUAGAUCUAACUCCCCAAACUCCUCCUUAAGGUCUCUCUUUCUCUCACACACACACACCCUGUUCAUGACCCCUUCACAGGACUCAUGGCAGCAAGGUAGAAAACGAAAGACUGCCAGUUUUGAUGCUGUCAAAACUGGGUUUUUAGUGAACAGCGGAAUCUGGCUUAGAGUAAGUACUCAGACUGCUUCUCCACUUAUGCUAGUGCUGUCUACUCUGAUGGGCAUAAGGUUGCCAAGGGGUUCAGGCAGAGGUUUUCCACAUCACUUGCUAUUACCUGAUGCUUUUAACUGGAGAUUGAACCCGGGUUGUUCUGCGUGCUGCUGAGCUCUGGCCCCUCGUUCUUUUGCAGCUUCUCCUACAGCGGGGGUAUCCUGUGUGGCACUGGGAAGGACCGACAUGGGAAAACAGUGAGUGAAUCAGCCUUUCUUUCUUUGCAGUGGGUGUGGUGUGGGCGGAGCGUCCAAAGGGCUGGCUAGAAACACCUGCGGUGCUGCAGUCCACUCCCCAUGCCCUGUCCUGAGGUUGCCCAUCUCUGGUCUCUGCUGUCUAACAUUCUUGAGUGAGUUCUGUCAUAGCAUGUGGCAAGAAGGGGGUGCAAGGUUUUCCUGAUCAGUUAUUCACCUGGUUGUUAAUGUACUGAGAUCCAAAUGAAACUUUACUAGAGCUGCUAUUGCUUUAAAAAAAUAAAUAAAUCUCAGUACCUUAGAAGAGUGUUGCAUUGAUUAUAUGACAAGGAAGUGCUGCUUUGGUGUGAGUUGCAGGUGGAUGUCCGGCUGAGUUGCGCUCUGGCUUCUGUCACGGUGUUCCAUUGCACCAGAAUCAGUUUAGUCCUGCUGGCCACAUGACCCGGAAAGCUUUCUGUGGACAAAUGCCAGCUCCCUCGGCCUGAAGUGAGAUGAACGCUGCAACCCCAUAGUCGCCUUUGGCUGGACUUAACCAUCCAGGGGUCCUUUACCUUACCUUUACACUACUGAUACGUGCCCCUUCUGCAAGGGCUAUGUCUUUGACCUGUUUUUUGAGAUUGUUGCUGGAGUUGUUUCAGGGUCAGGCUCAUGCCACAGGCCUUCCAAGAUUUUGGCUAGUGGUCUGCUCCUUGAGCUGCUGUGUUUUUAAUGCCACUGAAUGUCUAAUCAUAAAAAUAAAAAUAAUUUUUUAUUUAUACCCCGCCCUCCCCGGCCAGAGCCGGGCUCAGGGCGGCUAACACCAAUAAAAUUACAAUAAAACAUAAUGGGAGGGGACAAAAAACAAAAACAAAAAAAGCAAAAACCCAGUUUAUUAAAAUACGGGUUGAAAUACAAUUUAAAAUGCAGCCUUAUUUUAAUAGUAGCCCAUAAAUCAAAACCAUAAGGGGAGGGAAACAUAAGGGUCAGACUGAGUCCAAACCAAAGGCCAGGUGGAACAGCUCUGUCUUACAGGCCCUGCGGAAAGAUGUCAAGUCCCGCAGGGCCCUCGUCUAACGCUUGCUGGAGAAGUUGCCUUUGGGGUCUGUGCAGAAGCUCCUGGCAGUGUGGGUUUUUUUUGUUUGUGCUGACUUUGACUAUGUCCACAUGGUGAGCUUUUAGGGAUGAGGAGGGAUCUGAGCCUGGCUCUUCUGUGUCCCACCCAGCUGCCUCUCUCUCUCCUCCUUUUGCAGAUGGUGGUGGUGUGGAAUACUGUUCAGGUGAACCAUGGGGGAGAGGUGGUGAUGCUUGCCAAAGCGCACACAGAUGUGGACAUCCAGGCCUUAAAGAUUGCCUUUUUUGAUGACACCAGGUAAAGAGUGGAGCUUGUUGUUGCUGUUUUAUUGCAUGUGCAUGCCCUUCCUCCCAAAGGAGCCCAGGGCAGCAAGCAGAGGCUGAAAAAGGAAAGGCAGCAUCACGCAGGAGGAGAGAAAGAGGCACCCCUUUGCUUGUGGGAACCUGAACUGUGACAAUGCACGAUGCAAGACUUGUACCUUAAAAGCAAGUCCUGUCUAGUUUCAUACUCCCAGCAUUUCUUAUAACAGAAUGGUGUCGUGUGGCCGAGACAACGUGAGGCUGUGGCGGGUCCGGAGUGGAGUGUUGCGCUCCUGCCCGGUAAAUUUGGGCGAGUACCGUUCCAUGGAGUUCACGGACUUGGACUUCGAAGCAGGCCAUUCCACCCAGCGAGAGCCACAAGACCGGACACUGUAAGAAGCUGCUCCACUUUAUUGCUCCUUGAUGAAUGCUUUUGAAAAAAGCUGAUAACUGCAAGACAGGCUUCUGGGUUUCUAUAAUGUUUUCCAUACCUGACAUGGACCAAUUUGGUAACGAGAUCAUACCUUCAUGCUUCCAGGACCCUUAGCUAAUUAGAGUUGGGCAAGUCAGGGAUGAUCUCAUUCCCUAGAGCCCUGGGUAGAUCCACUUCUUUCCACCAACAAAGCCUAUUAAUAGUUCAAUCAAGCAUUCCAGAAAACAUAGACUAAGCUACAUGACAUCUCAGAAAUACAGUAUACAUGAAAUAAGCAGGAGCUCCCUUAACUCUCUUCCUGUUUAAUUAAAUUGUCAGCUGUAGAUUUAAUCAACUAAAACUUUUGUUGCUUGACCUACUGAUUUAAAGCUGGCACUCUUAAAAGUCUUAUAAUUGCUUUUGGUCCUAUAAUGAUGUUGCUGCUGGGUGACCUCGCUGCUUUCCUCUCAGGUUUGUUUGCAGCCGGAGUGGACACGUUUUGGAAAUCAACUAUAAGAAUGUCGCUGUCAGAAAUGCCCGGCGUCUCUUGCCAUCAGAAGGGCAGCACUCUCAUCGGCGGGAGAAGCAAACGUUUAACUCAGGUGGGCUGCAUAGGUUUUUCCGUAGCUGCCUACAGAACUUUCCUCUUGGGAACUUGCCAAACUGGCCUUUCCCAACCUGGUCCCCUCCAGAUGUUUUGGAAAAAAAGUCCCAUCAGUCCCAGUCAGCAUAGCCAAAUGGUCAAGGAUGUUGGGAUUUGAGGUCCAAAACAUCUGGAGGACAUCAGGUUAGAAAAUACAAGCCUGGAGACAAUCCAUUUGAAACACAGGUGUUGUGCAGGAGCAAGCAGUCUUCUUUCAAGGAAUAAUUUCUGUUUCCGUGUUGCUUAAUUUUCCUAGCGCUCAAAUGGCAACAUGUUGGUGGCAGAAAUCAGCUUGGCUCUAAUGCCUUUAAGAAUGUCAUGGUGGGAUAUGGCUCUGACCCAUGCAAUAUUCUCCUGCCCAGCUCCAAAGAAAUGAAUUGCUGAUUGAGGGAUAGAUUUCAUCAGGUUCCUCUACACAAGCUACUUCUGGCUAGCUGUGGAAGGUUGCACUAAAGGCUUCUAGCACGGAAAGAAUUUCAGAAUUAUCCCAUAAUGGCUGACAUGGGUAUCUGGGCCAGCUCCAAAUCUUCUUGCUCAGAUUACAGCCGACUCUAUACAGUGUGAGGCCUUCACUGCCAGCUCUUGUGCUUCAGAGUGUACUGGAUUUUUGUUCUUUCAGGUCCUGGGAUAGCACUGAACAGCAUAUGUCUCUCAUCAACUUUCUGUGCCACAGCCUCUGAAGAUGGCUACCUGCGCCUGUGGCCACUGGACUUCUCUGAAGUCUUCUUGGAGGCAGGUGCGUAGAGCUUCAGGAUCGUGCUGUCAAAGCUCUGCAUAGGUGUAUAAUUGAGACAUCUCAAGACAAGAUUUGUUUAGUAAACUAAGGAUCAGGAUCCUCAGGCCCACGUGGUCCUCUCAGCCUCUCCCAUCGGGCCCCAGGAGCUCUUCCCAAGCCACACCCCUCAUUGGCCAAUCCUUGCAGCCUCUUUGAGUUUUUGCCUGGCUGGAAUAUGUCCUAGAGCUCUGAUGAUGCCUGCUGCUAGCCUGGAUGGAGGAGAUAGCAGAACCUGUGCAGAAACUGCCUUACUGUGCAGAGGUAAAAUUCACAUCCUUUGUUCUGUCCUCUUUUGUCUCUGGCCCUGCCCACCAGUGAUAUGUAGCCUCUGGGAGGUUGUCCAGAAGGAAAUGUGGCCCUCGGACUGAUAAAUGGUCCCCUGUUUUAGAAAAUAGAGCUCUGUGGCAAUUCCACCACCAAUCCCUGUGACAUGUUCACCCUGCAGGCAUGGCUCCAGUAACCUAUUCACCGUAUAAUAAUAAUGAUAAUAAUUUAUUAUUUAUACCCCGCCCAUCUGGCUGGGUUUCCCCAGCCACUCUGGGCUGCUUCCAACCGAAUAUUAAAAACAAUACAGCGUCAGAUAUUAAAAACUUCCCUAAACAGGGCCGCCUUCAGUUGUCUUUUAAAAGUAAAAUAGUUGUUUAUUGCCUUGACAUCUUCUGGGAGAGCGUUCCACAGGGCAGGCGCCACUACCAAGAAGGCCCUCUGCCUGGUUCCCUGUAACCUCACUUCUCGCAGUGAGGGAACCGCCAGAAGGCCCUCAGCACUGGACCUCAGUGUCUGGGCUGGAUGAUGGGGGUGGAGACGCUCUUUCAGGUAUACAGAAUAUACAGAACCUAGACAUCUUUCAUUGUCUUGUUAACAGGCUACAUGUAAAUUUAGAAAAACUGCCAUGAAGUGUGAGAUCCGUGCCUGUUUGCUUCCCUAAUCAUAUGAAGAGUUCUCAUGGCCUACCUAGAAGCCUGUUUAGUCCAACAUCCUGUUUUCCACAGUGGCCAACCAGAUGGCCUCGGGUAGCCCGCAAGCAGGAUAGCCCAUAGCCAUCUCCUGCUAUUGUUUCACAGUGACAGGUAUUUAGAGGCAUGCUGCCUCUGAGCCUCCGGGUAUUGUUGUUGUUGUUUUAAAAAAUGCAUUCUGCCAAACCUGUGGCUGGUGUCGCUUUGGUUUCACAAGCAUAAACACUCAUGCCUGAAAGUGAGAAAUGAGUCACAAGCAUGUCACCUGCAGACUCUUCAUUGGGCAGCUUGUCUUCCUGCAGAGCAUCACAGCCCGGUGAGUUCAGUCCGCAUCAGCCCAGAUAACCUGAAGGUGUUGUGCACAACUGCCUCUGGGAAUGUGGGUUGCCUGGACAUCCAGUCUAAGGACUAUUGCACCGUCAUGCGCUCCCAUCUGGAUUCUGUUUUGGCAUUCUCUGUGGAGAGAUCCCAGAAGCAGCUGGUGACUGUCUCUCAGGAUAACACCAUUCGCGUCUGGAACCUUGACUCUAUGCAGCAGGUAAUGUCAAGAAUGCCUUUUUCGUAAAGUCUACCGGGGACUCAGAGCGUCAUAUCAAACGUUAAUUCUACUUGGAGUCAGCUUGUUGAAAUCAAUGGACGUGACUAUCCUAGGUCUGGAUGACAGCACUAAUGUCAGUCUUCCCCACCAUGGUUCAGUCCUUCCUUAAUAGCUGAUACGUCUAUUGGAUUGAAUUGGUGAGUUAUCUCCUGUUAGUUGUUUUGUUGGGUUCAAGCCUAUCUGCUUGUGUGACAUUGAGCUGAGAAUUGAGGUUAAGGCAACACCUGUGCUAUAAAUGCAAGGCACUGUGAUACCGCAUUAUUAUUAAUGAUAUCCUGGCUUUUUCCCUGAUAGGACUCAAGGCUACUUACAACUAAAAUUGAAACAGCUUAAAAAAAAGGUCAUUAAAAAGCAACGAACCAUUAGUAGAAUUCAAAUAUAUACAGAUAGAAGAUCACAUACAAAUCCUUACAAUACAAACAGCACAGCAACAGCUCCUUCCUAAAAAAAUAGUAAAUUCCCAGAAGCCUAUUGAAACAAGAAAGUAUUACAGUCAUGGGUUCACUCAAAGAAUCCUGGGAGCUGUAGUUUUGUUAACGCUCCUCUGAGUUGUUAGGAGACCCCUAUUCCCAUCACAAAGCUACAGCUCUCAGGUUUCCCUGGGUAGACGGAUUGGUUAAUAUACCACUGGGUAUUGUGGCUCUGUGAGGAGAGUAGGGGAUCUCCUUACAACUCUCAACACCCUUUGCAAACUACACUUCCCAGGAUUCUUUAGGGGAAGCCGUGGCUGUUUAAAGUGGUAUCUUAGUGCUUUAAAUGUGUAGUGAGAAUGAGGCCUAAGACUUUGGCAGCUUGUUAUCGCAAGCCCAUCUUGUGUCUGAUCAGCACGAUCUUCUGCCCCCUAUAGCUCUAUGAAUUCACUGCCUCUGACGAAACACCGUGUGCCGUCUCUUUCCAUCCCUCGCAAUUUAUCUUUGCUUGCGGUUUUGAUACUGGUGUCGUGAGGACCAUCAGUCUGGCUGCCUCAAAACUCCUUGAGGAACACAAGUAUGUAUUCAAUAUGUACUUUCAAAGUUGCAUCCUGAGCGUUCUUCCAUGUGUCAAUCCAAAAUGAUGAAAGUUGAGGGCAAUGGGUUGUAUCUACUCAAAGAAGAGCCAUUGAAAUUAACGAACCUGUUACUAAUCUCCAUUCAUUUCAGUGGGUUUACUCUGGGUAGCAUUGGAUACAACUCAGUUGGAUGUUCUUUCAAGAGGAACAGAAAUGUGGGAGAUCAACAUUAUCUUGUGUAGAUAUCAGCUUCUUGCAGACUUUGGAGUUCUCUGUUCCAGUUCUGAUGUUGUGAGAAGCUGGAAAAGAGGCUAAAAGUGCAGGGUGGGGGUGAGGUCUAGGAGAGCAGGCAGGCUUCUCUGUUGACAUGGACCUGGUUCUGACCAGUGAAGUGGUAAAAGCUCUGUAUGGGCUAUACCACUUGAGAGUGUAGGGGGAAGAAAUCAAAUGGUGGGACACACCUUCAUUAUAAAAAAUAUGUAUUCCUCCAUAUAGAAAACCUGCCUGUUGCAGAGAAGGCUAGGCUAGAAUCCUUCUUGUUUUCUAUGCAAAAGGUUUUGGUUUUUAAUGGAGGAACACUCCGUAAGAAGAGUCCUUCUGGAUCAGACAAAUGGUUUAUCAAGUCCAGCACUGUUUUCUCACAAUGGCCAACUAAAUGCCUAUAGUUCAACAGUGCUCUUCCCACUUGAGAUUCCAAGCAAAUGGCAUACUGCUGCCAUCAAUGCAGGUAGAACCUAGCCACUGUGGCUGAUAGCGACUGAUAGCCUUGCCCUCCAUAUGUUUCUUUAACUCCAUCAUGUGAGCUCACUGCUGCCAUCUGAAGUGUUAUGGACCUGACAUGUGUGCCACCUCAUUAAGGAUCAAUGCAUGAACUAGUUUGAUUGCCAUCUUAAUUUCCGGUUCCCCGUUCUGCUUUCUUUCGUUCUUUUUGGUACUUUGCAGGCAGCACCGUGGGUCAAUCACAGGCCUGACCUUCUCCCCAGAUGGCAAUUUCAUGUACAGUUCCUGCAGCCAUGGGACCCUGGCUCUUUAUAACUCUGCCAUCCAGAAAAGCCACGUUAUCAGAGUACUAGGUAAGGUUUUUGUUUGUUUGUUAAUAUAUUUACUUAGAGCAUUUGUACUCUGCCCUUCAGCUUCAGUAGGUCCCAGAGCAGCUUGUAUACCAUCAAUUAAAACAGGACAGCUCCUGUCUGCACUCUUUCAACAUGGCACAAAAGGAAAAGGGAAUAGGGAGGGAAGAGGAAGCAAGCAAACUCAGGCAACAAUUCUUAAAUAGUUGUUCUUAAGACCAAUUAAUUGUACUAGUGCCCAUUACAGCACCCUGCUUUUUGCUUCCUUUCUCUUGCAUUCCUGUCCCCACAAUGGCUAUUAACUAAGUGGUGCUCCACCACCAGCAAGAGCCUUUGCUUGCGUUUCUUUUGCCAAAGUUCAUUUUCCAUUUUUAUUUCCUCAUUUGGGAAAGACUUCCAUGAAAAGGGGUGCCCCCACCCACUUUUGGGUCUGGUUCCGCCACCACUGGUGUGCUGCAGCCAACAAAUUACCCCAAGGGUAUGUGGCCAUUGACAAGAAAAGGGGUCCUGACUCCGGCCCUAAUGGUUUGGGAACUCGUGCUGCAUUAUGAUUUUGGUGUGAGUUGAUGAGUGAGUCUUUGCUUCUACUUUCUUGGUGUGGUGGUUACAGUGCCCAACUAGGACCCAAGAGUAAGGUAAAGGUAAAGGGACCCCUGACUAUUAGGUCCAGUCGUGGCCUACUCUGGGGUUGCGGCGCUCAUCUUGCUUUAUUGGCCGAGGGAGCCGGCGUACAGCUUCCAGGUCAUGUGGCCAGAAUGACUAAGCCGCUUCUGGCAAACCAGAGCAGCGCACGGAAAUGCCGUUUUUACCUUCCCGCCGGAGUGGUACCUAUUUAUCUACUUGCACUUUGAUGUGCUUUCGAACUGCUAGGUUGGCAGGAGCUGGAACCGAGCAACGGGAGCUCACUCCGUCGUGGGGAUUUGAACCGCCGACCUUCCGAUCGGCAAGUCCUAGGCUCUGUGGUUUAACCCACAGCGCCACCUGCGUCCCUAAGGACCCAAGAGACCAGGGUUCAAAUACUCUCUCUGCCAUGAGUCACUGGGUAACCUUGGGCCCUUCACUGAGUCCCACCCUAACAGAGUUGUUGUGGGAAUAAAAUGAGGAGGGGUGGGGAGCCCUGCAUGCCACCUUGAGCUCUUUGCAGGGAAAGGUGGGGUAGAAGUGCUCUGAUUUAAUAAAACAAAUAACCUCUCAUACUAAAUAUCUACCUUUCAUUCAGCAAAUGUCACCUCACAAGAUGCUGACCACGGUCCUGAUGCGCUCUCUGUCAGCAGCGAUGGACGCCUCUUGGCCUUUGUGGGACCUUCCAAAUACAUCGUGACUCUCAUGGAUGCUUAUUCUUUAGAUGAGGUAACUUGACACCUGCUCACCACUCGCUGUCCCUCAGGAAAGAAGCUUCCAGAAACAUGUAACCCUCACAGUUACAGAGUGGAAAGGUUGGCAGGGUUUUUUUUGUCUAAACCCAGAGAGCACCUGAAAUGCUGGCCUGUUCUCAGUCAGGGUGGCCCUUAGCUACAUCUGCUGGGCUGCAGUAAUAGCAGAGUGAUAUGCAUGUCCCCGUCAGUUUGUUUUAUAAACAUGGGGGCUAUUCCUGUCCACUGUUGUCACUACAUAGUGCUGCCGUUCUCUCCUGACAAACAUUUGUUUGAUCCUGAUGAGCCAGGAUCCCUUCUUGCGCAGGUGGAUUUAGGAAAGCGUGACUGGUUUCCCCACACAGGUCGAAGGGGCCAAGGGAGCGCAUUCCCAUCUCUUUCCCAAAGCCUAGUAAGCACUUGCUUUGGGAAGGAGGUUUAAUGGCCAUGACAGGGUCCUAGAAUCCUCCUUCCUCCUUUUCAAAGCCCAGUUAAUGCUUGCCCAGCUUUGGGAAGGAGACUGGAAGGCUCUAAGACCCUGCCAGAGAGCUCUCACGCCUCCUUCCCAAAAGCCAGCACCCUGCUUAACUUGAAUUUGGUAAGGUGACAUGAGGGUUGUAUUACUAAGGUUGGCCCCUGCUCCUUUGUUGAAAAAUAGUGCAUCUCAUGCCUUAUGAUGUUGUACAGUCCACUUCACUUAAUUGUGCUGUAUGUAUAGACCAGGCCUGAGUGUUCUCUUUCUAAAUAUUCCUCGUCUUCUGCUUUAGUGCAGAAAUAUUUUGCUUCAAGAAAUGGGACAUUAUUAUUAUUAUUAUUAUUAUUUGUUCUUCCUGGCAGCUGCUGAGAGUAGAUAUGAGCAUUUUGGAUUUGGACAGCACUGUUCUGGACAUGGCUGAGAGACUCUGCUUUGCCCCUUUCCCUCUGGGCCACCUGUUGGUGGCAACAUGCUCGCAAAAGGUUCUGGUGAUUGAUGCCAAGUCUGGACGCUUGAUCAGAGUGGUAAGGGACUCCCGUGGUCACUUCUUUGUGUUCUGAGGUUGGGCUCGCACACAGUUUCCAGGGUGUGUUUUUCCCCCUGUGCAUUUGCCUCUGCAGUGAAAAUCCCAGGGAUUAAGUCAUUCUGAAAUUACUAAAUUAUUGCCAGAUGCCAAUUUAUUUGUAUCUCUUGAAGUUUCUCAGUUAAUCAAGCUAGUGCUCCCUAUUCCCUUAAUUUAUUAUGGAGACAUUCUCUAUUCAAAGAAAUGAAAGAUACCGGUAAUCUCCUGGGUGGGAUUUCUAAGGAGCUGGUACCCAAAAAUGAAACAUGCUGUAGACAUAGUGAUGGCAAAGAAAUGAGCAAAGGCCACUCAGCUUAAGCACCCUGAUCAGACAGCACUCCUCUGAAGAAGAGGGAAAUGAAUCUCUUUGUCCUCAUUUGGAUCCCAGCAGCUUAAUGUAGCCCAGAAAUAGGCCACCCCCACAGGCCCCGUGCUCAGUGGGCAGUUGAGCAAUCGAAACCAGCUCCAGAGCAGGACUCUUCUUCUCAGAUCUUGAGAAAUGGAAUGAGGCCACAUAAAUUAUGAUUCCAAUACCAGACUCCUUAAUGAUGCUGAUUUCGUACCAUUGCUCUUCAAAGUAAACUUAUCCUUGGGUCUCCAACUGGUCUCAGAGGAUCUGUCUACUGCAGCCUCUUGAAAGACCCUCCGUGUUUCAUGAAUCGAAAUCUUCUCAGUGUGCUGUUCCUUUCCCUUUUAUCUUUCAAAGUUAGAAUGGGCUAGACAUAGCCAAAUAAUCUAAUGGCUUUGCACAAAUAUUUUAUUCUUUUGAUCAACAAGCCAUAGAGGACCUUAAAGUCCCAGCAGUGGAUGCCUUUAUAGCAGCCCUCCUGAGUGGAUCUGUCAUCCUGACUGAUGGAGAUGCGCUUCUCAAAGAUGUGUCAGAGCACUGCUCAGACUUUGACCUAAAACCUACUCAGGAGCCUGCAGUCACUCUUCCUUAGGGCAGCCUUCUCUGCUAGGUUUGGUUGGAUGGCUUGGUAGAUCAACCACAUAAUGGCUCGGUCCAAAAACACACACAAAAGAUUUCUGAAAUGGUAGCAUCCAUUGCCAGUGCUACCCGGGACCCCACCCAGUUUUCCAUGGGGACCGUAAUAGUGGGGGCAGUAGCUAGGAGAUUAAAGCAUUGAUAUGUUGACACUAGAUAUGGUUCACUUUUAUAUAUAUCUCUUCGCUGGGUUCCUAACUCUGCUUAUUUGAUUACUUCCUAUCUCUUUAACAAACAUUCUUUUCUUUGUGUCUGUUCUCAGUGUAUUUGUCUUUUUGGUGGAAACAGGUGGGUUCAAUAUUGGGGGUGGUUUGUCUUGAUUGCAGGUCCCGCAAGUGCACAAGCAGUCUUGUUCUUCGUUGGCCUUCAGCUCUGAUGCCCGGUUUCUUUUGACAGCUGGCGAUAGGGUCCUCAAGGUGUGGGAUUACGGCAUGAGAUUUGAUGUCAACUCUCAGGUACUGCACUCAACAGCAGGGCAGUCUUUUCCCCUCCAGUUGUCAGUGUUCAGGCUAGAUUGUACAGUGAACAGCAUAGUAGAGCAUUCAAGUGAUGAAAUGGAGCCAGAACACGGCCACAGAGAAACAAACAGGGGGGAGAACUAUCGUUGUGCUUGGGGGAAUAUCUUUCGGUGAACAACAACACCCAAGAGGUGCAAAACUCCCUGAAACUGAUUAAGAAGAGGUGAAAAUGUUCAGCAGACAUUGGAUGUUGAACCUCACUUGGAAAAGGAAAAAAAGGGAAAUUGUAAGGAGAGAAUAGAAUGGUUGACUGGAAUCCUGAAUAGAAGAUGUAAAUAUAUUUAUUUACAUAAAGAUGUAAAUAUAUUGCAAUGGUCAGUUGUUGAGAAAAAACCCCCACUUCAUUCUGCAUGUUAUAAUUCUGAAUACAGUGGAUACAUUGAUUACUGAAUAAGAAAUUAAUCUGAGGGAAUAAAUUAAGAUAGGAUGACUUUCUCUAGAGAUAAUUUGGGGAGUAAAUUAGUGGGGGAAAUUGGAGGGGAAUUGAAUUGAUUUGGAGCAGACUGUUGAAAAACGUAGUGUAAAUCAGUUGAAAAGGAAGUGAUUUGGAAUGAUCUGAGAUGGGGUGCAAAUUUUGUUAAAGAACAUACCAGGUGUGAUUUGGAUAGAAAAAUUAGUUGGCUUGUCUUCUGUGAUGAUUAAAAUUUGCAUCUAUCUUUUUAGUGGCUUGCUGUGCCGUCGCUCUGUAGCACAGUCACAUGCAUGUUUACUUAGGAGUAAGUCCCACCAUGUUCAGUGCGACAUAUUAUCUAGGGUGCAUGCUUAGGAUUUGAGCCCUCAUCCUAUAACUUCUCAUUUAUUCAUUUCACUUAUUGUUUGGAAAUAAUUACAUCUAAUCAAGAUUUCUAACAACAACAAAAGGAUAGAGCUGCCAGAAAUAUAUGCAAUAAUAUAUUUACCGAAGCUGCCAUUGUAAACACCCCUGAAAAUGAAAUUUUGAAAUCCUAAGUCAACCAGAGGAGCUUCAUGUUUGACUGGAGAUUUCAACUCUGCUCUCUCCUGAUCCUAGUCCAACACUCUAACCACUAGUCUGCAUGGUAUAACUAUAAUAAUUUGGAUCCCCCUGUCUUUACAUGCUCUGCAAUGCAGUUCCAAGAGGCCGUGGCUGACAAAGGACAAUCUGCUUUUGCUUUUCUUUCUCCAGGUGUUUAUUGGCCAUUCUGAGCCAAUACAGCAGGUGAGGUUCACCCCUGACCAAAGGCAAGUCAUCAGUGUUGGAGAUGCCAUCUUCCUCUGGGAUUUCCUAGGUGUGUUUGCAGAGGAGUCCUUCAAGGAUGAGUAAGAGCCCAGUGUUUCCUCACUAAAGCAAUUGUCUUUGGAAAUAUGAUAGGUGCCUGCAUAUUUACAUCUGCAUUUUCAUUUUCCCGUCUUUUAAACUCUGGACUUGUUACCAUUCCAGAAUCGAUUCCUCCGAGUCCUCAGAUUCUAACAGAGUUGGUAAGUCUGCAUUUGUUGCUGAGUUAUGCUACUUGCAAAAUCCCACAGCUGUCUUACAAUGAAAUAGCUAUCAUUACUUCGCUGGGUGAUUGAGCGAGUGGUUGCUGAACAACUCCAGGCACACCUGGAAGAAGCGACCAUUUGGAUCCCUUCCAGUCUGGGAUUCAGGCCUCAUCAUGGGACUGAAACUGCCUUGGUCGCACUGGUCGAUGAUCUCCAGCAGGCUAGGAACAAAGGUGAGAGCUGUUUCCUAGUUCUGCUGGAUCUCUCAGUGGCUUUUGAUACCAUCGACCAUAACAUCCUUCUGGACCGUCUAGAGGAGCUGGGAGCUGGGGGCACUGUUAUACAGUGGUUCCGCUCCUUCCUCUGGGCUGUGUCCAGAAAGUGGUAGUGGGGAAUAAGUGUUCAGACCCCUGGGCCCUCACUUGUGGGGUGCCUCAGGGUUCUGUCCUCUCCCCCAUGCUUUUCAACAUCUACAUGCAGCCUCUGCGAGAGAUCAUCAGGGGGUUUGGACUGGGUGUUCAUCAGUACAGUAGUCUCUAAAGAACUCUGCCAUUGCAUCUAUUACUGUCUGUGUAUGUCUUUGACACAGAUUUGUAGACAGACAUUUUCCUGGUUGUCUUUGGCAAGUAGAGAGAUUUUCCAGGUGAGCAGAGCAGGGAGGGAGGGUUAAGGCUAUUUCCUUUUAUGGACCAAAUCCUGAUACAGUGGUACCUCAGGUUACAUAUGCUUCAGGUUACAUACGCUUCAGGUUACAGACUCCGCUAACCCAGAAAUAGUGCUUCAGGUUAAGAACUUUGCUUCAGGAUGAGAACAGAAAUCGUGGUGCGGCGGCAGCAGGCGGCCCCAUUAGCUAAAGUGGUGCUUCAGGUUAAGAACAGUUUCAGGUUAAAAACGGACCUCUGGAACGAAUUAAGUACUUAAUCCGAGGUACUACUGUAUAUGGGGCAGAGGGACCAGUAAAAAUGGUUUGGGCUAAUAACUAUGACCUUUAAAAUUCAGGAAGUUUCCUGUUUUGACUGGGGGGGCAGAGUUUUUUUAAAAAAUAAAAAAUGGGACAUAACCAUUUUCAGAAUAACCCUAACAGACGUUAGAGCUGUUGACAACUACAACCAUCAAAAGAUGUGACAAAGGUGUUACUUCUGUUCUUUAUAUUUGUAUCUUAUCCUUUCUCAGGUCAGUUCAAGGUUUUGUCUUCCCCCACUCCUUUAUAUCCUCUCAACCCUGGGAGGUAGGCUAGGCUGACAAGAGAAUGACUAGUCCAAGGUCACACAGUAAACUUCAUGACUAUGGGAUGUUUUACCUGGAUCUCCCUGGUGCCAGUUGAGCACUUUAACCAUUAAACUACCCUGCCUUUCACUCUCCCCCCCUUUUUUCUUCUUUAUUCACAGAAGGCAAUUUGGAAAAGUCACAUGAUUUGACGCCUGGGGCUAAUGAUAUCCCCCGCCAGGUGGUUCCUCGGCCAACCAUUGUGUCCCCGCCUUGUCUGGAGCUCAGCUCCAUCCAUCCAAUGGGACAUUGCGGUGAGCAGAGAGCACUCCAAAUAAAACAAAUCUUUGUCAGCCCCUUAAAAUCCUUCAGGCGUCCUGAACCCCAUCCCCAUUGUUGUCUGCCACUUGCUAUUUUCAUUCCCUUCCAUGCUUAAUCAAAGUGGGUUGUAUCCAGCUAACUUUUACUAUUAUUAAUGAAUCAAAGUUAGUAAUGUCAUUAAUUUCAAGUACUCUACUCCGAGUAGGCCUAACAUUGGAUACAAGCUUCCUGUUGCCACCUACGGCACCUAUAGCUGCCUGCCAUCUGCAGCUGCCUAGGUGAACUUUCCGUUUGUUUGGGGUAAGGAUUAUCAAUUGCAUCCCAUAAAACAAACACUGAAAAGUUAUCCAAAUACAGGACACUGCCUUAUGCUGAGUCAGACCAUCUAGUUCAGUAUUGUAGGCACUGACUGACAGCAUUUCUCCAGAGUUUUGGGCCAGGGGAGCAUUUCCAGCCCUACCUGGAGGUGCUGGGAAUGAACCUGCGACCUUCUGCAUGCAAAGCAGAUUCUUGACCACUGAGAUAUGACCCUCCCCCUUAAUGCUUGCUGUGAACAGCACUCUAACCAAACUGGAUGAAAAAACAUCAAUCUAAUUCCUUCUCUGUUCAGGCAGAAGGCUGGAAGUAGCCAUUGCUUUCUGGCACUUUCAUCCUUAGCACACUUUGUGUAAGUUAAAAUUCAUGGGACUUGCCCUGCAGAACUGGCCUGGUCUCUGUUCCAGGCAUGGUUCUCAGGGGGCUUUGUAUUUUGGAGUACCUAAAUGAAAGAACUGAAGCUAAAGUGUUUCAGUUCCAUUGCUAUACUUGAGCUCCAAAAGCUGAUGUACAACAAAGGGCUGUUGUUGUUCUUUCAGUCACUUUCCCCUGUUCCCUGUCUUUCAGAUACUUCUGAAUCUGAAGAAGAGAAGGAAGCAUAUCAGAAAGGCAGCAACAGAGAGGCUGUUAAUGAGGAUAAAGUCCGGUUAGUUCUUGCAUUGAAGGGCACUGUCCCUAGUGAAGACUCUCUGGCUGUGAAACCUGAAGUCAUUCAGCCUUGUCCAAGACCCCAUAACCAUGCAGGAAAUGGUAAGUCAACAUGUACAGUGGCUUUGCUAAUUUUUCUUCUUCUCAAGAUAGCAGAUCCUUGCUUUUUCCCCAUAUGUAUGUUACUACAUCCGGUUUGAUUGUAUGCUUCAUCCGUUUCCCAAGUUUGCAAAGUAUUAAGACCAAUUUUCAUAGCUUGUAAAUAAUAAUUUAUUGGGAAACAUGCUAAAAUUCUGUAUAACAAUGGCUCUUAAAUAAUGCUGUCAUAAACUCUGUGCUAAAAGAUACUUUCCAAUUGUUCUCUCUUGCGUGCUAGAAAGUAGAAAGGAAAGCAAAGGAUCCAAACCCCAAAACAACACCCGCCCAGACUGUUACAGGCACUUUACCCCUCGUUUCAAAACAUCGGCACCCCAGAAGGUAAGAAAUGGCCUGGUGUAAACAUAAAAAAUCCUGUUUAAUCAUACCAAAGGCCUAUCUAGGGUCAGCAUCCUGUUCUCACAGUGGUCAGCAAUAUGCCCAUGGGAAGUCUGCAAGCAAGACCCCAGUUCAACAGGAUUCCCCCCAUUUGAAAAUCCCAGCAACUGGUGUUCAGAGCAAUACUGGUCUGGUCUCAAGACUUGAUGAAAUGGUUUCUGAGCAAAAUAAGAGUCUCAGUGCUUUUGAGAGCCCCUUUUGCACAUGGUCAAGUUUUCUCGAGGCAGUGUGAGAGACAUGUCUGGAAUCUCUUCUCAAGUUAUGCUGAAGCUGUGUGUGUUUGUCUUCUAGGUAUUCUCCUCUGCUCUAACUAAUAACGAGGGCCUGAAACUAAAAGCAGUCAUUGGCUACAAUGGGAAUGGCCGGGGAAAUAUGGUCUGGAAUCCAGAUACAGGUAUAGUCUGCGUUUGCGAAUUGAGAUUCCAAAAUCUGUAAAUCUUCUGUACCCAAACCUUCAGCUGGACAACCAAACCAGCUGGCAUUUUUGUCAGAAAUGCAUUAUAAGAAAAUCAGUUCUAUUGAAAUUAUGUAGUAUGUUCAGGGCUGGAAUGCAAAACCCUCUGAAAUCAGUUGGUCUUAGAGUCUAGUUGCUCAUCCCAUCAGCCAUGCUCUGUUGUGAAAGCUGUCUCUUGACAUCCCAGGAGAGAGGAAGAGGUUUGCCUUGUUGAUAGAAAAGGAGAGGUCUCUCAGCAGCAGGCGUCUUCCUUCUUUUACCUCCCUUGGCUUAUCUCCUCUAGCUCAGUUGGUAGAGCACGAGACUCUUGAUCUCAGGGUCGUGGGGCUGAGCCCCAUGUUGGGCAAAAGAUUCCUGCAUCGCAGGAGGUUAGACUAGACAUCCCUCGUGGUCCCUUCCAACUCUAUAAUUCUAUUACUCUCUGGAAGCGUGGGAGACGCAAUAAUUGGCUGAGUGAGAUACUGGAAGGUAAAAGCCUGCUAGGCCACGGACACUCAGAGGGUGCUUGCUUUUUCACAUGGUGGAUCCAGGCAGGCUUCUACUUCCAACUUGACUGCAUUUGGUGGUUUGUGGCUUUGCCCAUCCUUUGUAUGCAGAAUUCCAAGCACUGAAUGCAAUCUCUUCUCUCUCCUUAGGUUUCUUCGCCUACAGCUGUGGCUGUCUGCUCAUUGUCGAAGACCUGCACUCUGGAUUCCAGAAGCAUUGGCUUGGUCACCCUGAAGAGAUUUCAACAUUAGCUGUUAGCCAUGAUGCUCAGGUACAAACGUUCCUGUUUCCAUUAAGAAUAUCUGGGUGGUCUGACUAGCACAAACCACCUGCUUUCCUUCUAAUGCAGUGGGUACUUCUGGCGACAGGCACAUCGCUUUUGAACAGCCAGUGGGCUAUGAAUGUUCUGCUCCCUUUUCUCCUCACUGACGGGAGGAGGAAGAAUGUGCUUGCCAAGCAUUUCGCUGAGCCUCAGGCUGUGUUUAGCUUUUGGUCUGCCAUUUGGGUAUUUGUUCAUGCCCCUGACACAAAGCGGGCUGCCAAUUUGCUCUGCUGCUGCUUUAGUGAUUUGUAUUGUUGGCUGCCCAGAUUGCACUCCAGGUCAGUAGAAGGGCAGGAUAAGAAAAGUGCUAACUAAUAAAACGAAUGAACUAAUACCCCCGCAGGCCCUUGCUUCUGCCUCUGGUCAAGGUCGUGGAGAGUCUCGCUGCCAAAUUCGCAUCUGGAAUGUCCAGGAUGGAUCCUGCCAAAAGGUUCUGUUCCAUCACGAGACCCAAGUCCAAGCCAUGGCGUACUCUCGGGAUGACUGCCUCCUUGCUACUCUAGGUGGGCAUAAGCAGAGAAGAGCACACAGGGCAUUGGGAAAGCUUUUCGUGUUGAAAGACCUAGAAUUUUUCUCCCAGAGGAAAAGGAAAAAGGAAAAGGAAAAUCUCCUACAUGAGACUGAAAUAAAAUAGGCCCGUUAAUUAUGUUUAUAUAAAUACUGGAUUUGCACACUGCAGAUGACUUAAUCUGCACAAGCUGCUGCCACAAUUACUGUGGCACAUUAAAGCAAGGCCAGAAAUGGAAAGGGGCCGCAUUGCCUUGCAUGCAGAAGGUCCCAGGUUCAAUCCUUGGACUCUCCAGGUAUAGAGUGGUAGGUUUGGAAGGGAUUCCAAGGGGCAUCUAGUCCAACUCUGGAACCCAGGAAUCACAGCUAAAGAUUCCCUGACAGAUGGCCAUCCAGCCUCACUUUAAAAAACUCCAAUGAAGGUGUGUCCACCAACUUCUGAGGUAGCCCAUUCCACUGUCCAGCAGCUCUUACCCUCAGAAAGUUAUUCCUGAUGUUCAGUUAGAAUCUCCUUUCUUGUAAUUUGAAUCCAUUAGUUCCGGUCCUACCCACUGGAGCAGCCGAAAGCAAGCUUGCCCCAUCUUUCACAUGACAGCCCUAAAGUUAUUGGAAGAUGGCAGUCAUAUCAGCUGUCAAUCUUCUCUUCCCCAGGCUAGGGUGGGGCUGGGAGAGAUGGUUUGAACAGCAUCUUGGCUUUUAUUGUUCAAGGGUUUGUUCGUUUUGAUGUAUUUUUCCACACUGAAAUGCGUACUCUGUGGUUCCCAGGGGACUACAUUGACAGAGUCAUUGCCUUAUGGAACGUCCACACUUAUGAGCUGAUGUCAUCCACUCGCGUCUCGGAGCCAGUCCACGAAAUCGCUUUUAGUCCGCUUUCUGUGGGACACCUUGCCUGCGUGGGGAAGGGAGCAGUGACCUUCUGGCUAACGGAGCGACAGGGAGCUGACAUUAGCCUCAAGGUACUUCACCUGCAUCACACUCUGGUGUUUCACAGCAGGGGUGGGUGUCAGGGACUGGGCAGAGGAGGAAUGGUGGAGAUUGUCCCCCCCCCAAUCCUGACACUUCCAGGGGGGAGGAGGAGGAGGAAGACAGUACAGUGGUGCCCCGCAAGACGAAUGCCUCGCAAGACGGAAAACCCGCUAGACGAAAGGGUUUUCCGUUUUUCAAUGCGCUUCGCAGGACGAAUUUCCCUAUGGGCUUGCUUCGCAAGACGAAAAUGUCUUGCGAGUCUUGAGAUUUUUUUUCGCUUCCCCCUUUUCUAAGCCGCUAAGCCUUUAACAGCCUUUAGCAGCUAAUCCGCUAAGCCUUUAACCGCUAAUAGCGCUAAUCCGCUAAGCCACUAAUAGGGUUGCUUCGCAAGACGAAAAAACCGCUAGACGAAGAUACUCACGGAACGGAUUAAUUUCGUCUUGCGAGGCACCACUGUAUAGAUUUACAACAGGAGUUUGAGGGAGGUCGCAGCUCAAAGGCAGAUGAGGGGAGAAGUUGGGAAAUCCUGGGAGAACCAGAGCAAAACCUGGCUGACACGUUGCCAUUAGAAAGCAUUCCAGACCUUCCAUCUCCCAGAACAUGGCGAGCCUUAAAAGUAGGAGAACAAAGAGCUCGAAGAGGAUGGCAAAUGAGGAAGUGGGAGAGAUGGGGGGGGUGGAGAUUCACUCGGGACAACACCAUUAUCCAAGAGGCUGGGUUCUAUAGCCUCUCUCUGUAAAGAUUGAAAUAAAAAGAGCUGUAAGAAACUUUUCCUUGUCUUUAUACUUUCCUGGGCAACCAGCCUUCCUAAUCUGGCCCUCAGGACUCUCCCCUGGCCACACAAACCCUCCAAAGGCCACAUCCUUCACUGGCUGGAAUGUGUUCCUUGAACUCUGAUAAUGCCUCUUGUUUACCUAGAUGGUGGAUAGAAAGGGUGGGUGGGUGAAUGUGUGCAGAAAGUAGUCUACUGCAAGGUUUGGGAUAGCUGCUCCACCUACUUUUGCCUCAGGCCCUUCAUGACAUGUGAUCCCCAGUUGUUUACCCACAAGAGAACCUGGCCCCUGGGGCAGGAACAGGUGCCCUACCCAUGUUUUUGAGACCCAGAAAAGGAGUAGAGUCAAAAGGUUAGGAGUUCAGCCUCAAGGCUGACAGCGGGGGGACAUGAACAGCUCCCAAGGCACCAGCUGACACUACUUUUCUUCUGACUUCAGGUUCACAGAGUCCCUGUCCCUGAUGCAAUUGGUCCAGUGGAGCUGACCUCAUUGUGCUACAGUGCCGGCUGCCUUCUGUACACUGGGACCAGCACGGGACAGAUCUGUGCGUGGGACAUGCAGACGAAUCGUUGUUUCAUGACAUGGGAAGCUGUUGAGGGGGAGAUUGGUGAGUCUUUGGGCAGCUGUCUUCACACAACCAAGCUUUCAGGAGAAGCAGGGGAGGGGCAUGGCUCAUUGGCAGAGCAUCUUCUUCGCAUGCAGGUCUCGGGUCAAUCCCUGGCAUCUUCAGACAGCUGGGAAUGUACCCUAUCUGAAACCCUGGCCGUCAGUGCGGACUGUACUAAGCUACUUGGAGAAAUGUUCUGGCUUUGUCUUAGCACCUUGGUCCAGCCCAGUUUUAAUUCUCAGAUGCUAGAAUUGAUUGUGGCUGGAUUUAAGACUUUUUUAUGUUGUCUGUGUCAUUUUUUCCAUAAAGCACCCCUUAACCCUCACUCCUGUAGCUCCCACAGCCACCCUGGCAAGCUGCUGCUGAUUUUUCAAAGUUGUUUGUGUCAUUGGCUGUGGGAGCUGCAGUAGCGAAGGCUGGAAGAAAAGAGUCCUGUGGUUUGUACCCUCAAUGCUCCACUUUGGAAAGUCAAAGAUCUCUGGAAGGGAUGUCUCUAUGGCGCUGACAUCACCAGAGAGCUCUGCAGCUGUUCAACAUUCAAAGGCGGAAACCCAGCCAUUAACCAGAAUAAAUGCUUGACUUGUCUAGGGGUGCUGCAGUGUCACAGAGACAGGCUAGUCAGCGGCAGCAACACCAAAAGAAUUCAGCUGUGGUCAGUGGCAGCGGUUCAGGAGCUGAGAGUAAAAGGUUCCAGUGCCAGGUAAUGCAUCAUCUGACUCAGGUUUGCUUAGCCCUAGAGAGAGGUGAUAAUUCAGAUGUCCACUUAGGAAGCCUGUACUAGGUGGGUGGGUGGGUGGAAGGGAGAACAGCAUCCAUAUUUUAAAAAUCAGUUCCAUGAUCACAGGCAGGUGGGGAGCCUUUCGGCCUCAAGGUGCUGCUGAACUACAACUCCCAUCAUCCUUGUCCACUGACCAUGGUUGUUGGAGCUAAUGGGGUUUUUUAGUUCAUCAGCAUCUGGAGAGCCAACAGUUCCCAGAUUACAGGCCAGCAUCAAGAAAAGAUAAGCUUGAUUAAUGAGCCAUUUUUUGAUUUUGGAGAGCGGCAGCUCCUUUAUAUUUUUACCAGCAAGUGCUUUCACACUUUUUCUAGGCGGUUAUCUUUGACAAGCUCUUUAAAGAAGAAUAUUUUGUGUUUGAAAUGAUUUUUCCCAAGGCAAAAGAAUCUUUUUUGCUUAACUGAGGUGGCUUAAUGAGUCUUUCCUGAUUUGUCUGCAAAUGAAUAUUAGGCAUCAUGUUAAUAAUUUGCAUGACAAAGUUCUAGUGGACAGUCAUGUUGUGUGGAAUGAAGAGCUGAAUACAGACGGCUCUUACAUGGGCCUCAUUGUAAACAGAGCAUCUAGGGUUGCCUCGCCUAACCUGGUGCCCUCCAGAUGCUCUGGACUGCAGUUCCCAUAAGCCCCAGCCCCUCUUUCUGGCCCUUGGAACACUCCGCCACUGUCUUUUUACCCAGAGGGUUUGUACCUGCCUGGAAUGCGUCCUUGAAAUCUGAGAAUGCCUCUUCCUUGUAUGGAUGGGAGAACACAGAGGAGAGUUGGAGUGUGUGUAGUAACAAGGGUAAAAUUCACAUCAUGCCUCUGGCUUUGCCCACCACUGGCAUGUGGCCCGUGGGAGGAUGCCUAGAAGGGAAUGUGGCCCUCAGACUGAAGAAGACUCCCCACCCCUUCUCUGAAGCCCAGGUAGAGUGUGAUCUAUUGUUCUGCUUUUCCCUCCCUGUAGAUCUAGCUCAGUCCUUUUGGAACAGGAAAUGACCCUGGAUGGAACCAUUGUAAGUGCCGCCUUCGACGACUGUAUGGAUAUGGGCAUUGUUGGCACGACGGCAGGGACGUUGUGGUACGUCAGCUGGGCAGACAACACCAGUAUCCGGCUGAUUAGUGGGCACAAGAACCAGGUAAGAGGUUUUGUAAGCAGUUCCUUGAUGGUAAAGAGACCACUCUUCUUAGAAGUUUAUCAAACCUUCGUAAUCUGGUGAACUGGGUUUGCGUCUCCGCUCCUCCACCUGCAGCUGCUGGGUGACCUUGGGCCAGUCACACUUCUCUAAUGUCUCUCAGCCCCACUCACCUCACAGAGUGUUUGUUGUGGGGGAGGAAGGGAAAGGAGAACGUUAGCCGCUUUGAGACUCCUUCGGGUAGUGAUAAAGCGGGAUAUCAAAUCCAAACUCUACUUCUUCUUCUUCUUCUUCAAUCCUCUCUGUUGCCACUGCAGGUUAGCGAGGUGGCCUUCAGCCCUGGAGAGUCUCACUGUGCUACCUGUGGGGAGGAUGGCAGCGUGAGAGUUUGGUCCCUUGCCAGCCUGGAGCUGGUGGUGCAGUUUCAAGUGCUCAAUCAGGUAAUUGCCGAGAUGAAAUGCAGUCUCACAACACCCAGCUACUCUUUCCCUAGAUUUCACUAGAGUUGAGUGACUCUUUUGAUGGCAUAACCUCCUAGUCCAGAAGUUUCAUAUUUGUGGUGUUGUGCCAGAAAGAACCAAUGGGUAUUCCCAAUAUGUUCCUUACUCCCCCUCUAGAGUUCCCUCUGCCUGGCGUGGAGCCCAGUGGCCACCACUGUCAGUGGGGCAGAAAGCCAGCACAUUGUGGCAGGGUACAGUGAUGGCACCAUCCGGGUGUUCAGCGUUUCCCGGACAGAGAUGGAACUCAAGAUACACCCCCACCCGGUGGCUGUAACCGCACUUGGAUACUCCGCAGAUGGUAGGACCUUGUUAGAUGCCAACAUCAAAUCUUGCCUCAUCCAACCCCUGAUGGCAACCCCAGAGUCUCUUUCCCCUCUUCUUUGUGCUCCGUUCACUCUCUAGGGGAAAUCAUCUUGUCUGGAGGCAAGGAUGGGAUGAUGGCUGUCAGUAGUCCACGCACAGGGAUGACCAUUCGUGUCCUGACUGACCACCGAUCAUCCCCUAUCAAUGUUAUCCACUGCACAAGAAAGCAAGUGAGACAGAAAUCUGUGUGACGUCCGAACAACCUUUCCUCACUGGCAGAUCAAUGGAUGUUUAGCAUUUGAUUUUUAAUUGAAUCUGUGCUGUAAGCCACUUUGACCCAGUUUGCACAUAACACAAAGCCAAACAACGACUUAGCGUGAAUGAGCAAAUGUGUGGUUUCACUGAACAAAGGUUCCAGGCGCUGCACUCCUUUCUUUCUCCGUCCUGCUGUUGCCGCCAUGGUUUGUCUUCCCAUUACAUCCAGACUCGGGCUGUUGGUUUGUCUUACUCCAGGCCAGGCAAUAAUUCAACCACUAACACUCAUGUGUAAGACUCAACAAUUCAGUUCAAAUCAGGGGGAAAAAAUUGCAGUAUGAAAUGUAAAAACAUUUGAUGACAAAUUCCUAAACCAGUUGGCACAGUACAGCAGGCUAGCAAAGAGGUAUUUAUUCAGCUGUCACUGAACAAUAAACAAUGACCGUGCUGUCAGAAGGGAGAGCAUUCCAUAAACAGGGUGCCACUGCUGAGAAGAUCCUACUGUGCAUCACUGUGCAGUUUACCACAUCCAGCAACAAGGCAACAAAAGGGCCUCCCUUGCAGCUCUUGAAUCAUGGGCCAGUUGGUAUCAGGAAAGACAUUCCUUCCAAGUAUUUGUUCUCCAAGUAAUUUAGGCCUUUAUGCUUAUGAUUUGGAAAACCUUCAGUAGAGAAAGGCAGUUUAAAAAUAGAAUAUACCAUUUUAACCAAUCUCUUACUAUUUUCUAAUUGUAUUAUUUCAUAUGUAACCAGUUCUGUACCCCUAAUGAUUUCUCUUGUUCCCUACUUACAUUUAUUGCACAUUAUGUAUUCAGCAGCAGUAGGGUGGCUAGUCCUCAAGACACAAACACACUCUGGAUUUAUACUGAGCCCUUGUUACUCCCUUUUUUUACUUAUCCGUACAAUGGAUAUGGAUACAGACGCGGGUGGCACUGUGGGUUAAACCACAGAGCCUAGGACUUGCUGAUCAGAAGGUUCGAAUCCCCGCAACGGGGUGAGCUCCCGUUGCUCGGUCCCUGCUCCUGCCAACCUAGCAGUUCGAAAGCACUGCUCUGGUUCUCCAGAAGCGGCUUAGUCAUGCUGGCCACAUGACCUGGAAGCUGUACGCUGGCUCCCUCAGCCAAUAAAGCGAGAUGAGCGCCACAACCCCAGAGUCAGUCACGACUGGACCUAAUGGUCAGGGGUCCCUUUACCUUUACAAUGGUAUGUCAUCAUGCCCUGCACCAGCAGUUUCAGAGGACAGAUGUGUAAAACAAGAGCCGUUGUCAUUUUGGUAUCCUGUCCUCUAGCACUUAGAACUUGGCGUUGAAGGUGAUGAUCUCUGGUUGGCUGCAAGUGACGACCGACGUGUCAGUGUCUGGGUCUCUGACUGGGUGAAGGACAAAUGUGAACUCAUUGACUGGCUAAGCUUCCCAGCUCCUACAGGUCCCGAGGUGAGGAUAUCUUGCUGUAGCCUCCACUCCUCUGCUCAUGAGCUGAGCAAUAAGCUUUUCAGCAUGUGGUGUGUUUUGUAGUGUUGCUUGUUAAAAUUUCCUGAGGCUGGAAAAUUUUACAAGGUAGAAGCAAGAGCAGAUUGUGUGCCUUCUUGGCAUUUGCCAAAUGAAUAUAUAGGACGAGGCUAGCUGUGUAGCUCAGGAGAUCUACAAAACCGUGGUCACAAACAAUCUGUAGAAUUCUGGCUUUAAAUAAAGGACUAGUUUCUAUUUCCUCAUUUUUUUGUGGAAAAGAGCUAUUCAAAUGGCAGGCUUAGUUUGCACUAAAUGCUUAGAAGGGUUUCUGGAUGCAGCUUCCAGAUUUCAAAGAGGGGAAAGUUCUCCACUCCAGCCCAGAAGAAAUAAUUGUUCAGAUUCCAUUAACUUUGUGCUAGCCCUGAACUGGAGGUUGGUUAGCUCCAAAUGAUGCACACCUGCCUUGUCACUCAUGCUUUUGCCUAUCCCCUCCAGGUACCCAACCCUCUGCCUCCCAGCCUAGCAGCAUUUUGCCCUUGGGACAGGAGCAUGAUUGCUUAUACAGGCUUUGGACUGCAGAAGGAGAUCCUCUUCUACAGCCUGCAACAGAAACAGGUGCCUCAUAUCUUGGCUUGUCUGAGAUCUUGUGUGUUCUACCGGCAGGACUGCUGGAAUUGCAUGUGACCAAUGAGCCUAAUGUUAUUGGCUCAGCCGUGGACUUGGUGGUGGGUCACCUUCUGUUGGCACACUUCCCUUAAUCUUUGUUAUGGGUCUAUUUUAGCUCUGUUAGCUGUUCCACUAGACAAGCAGAAACUUGACAUCAUAUGAGAGUUGUCGCUCAGUGUUAGAACAUCUGUUUUGCAUGCAGAGGGUUCCAGAUUCAGUCCCCAGCAUCUCCAGGUAGGGCUGAGAGAGAACCUCAGUCUGAGAUCCUGGAGAGCUGCUGCCAGUCAGUGUAGACAGUGCUGAGCUAGAAAGACCAGCAAACAACAAAAAGUAGUUUAAUAUGUUCCUGGGCUAUACAGUUUCAGGCUGUGGCAGCAGGGAAUGUUUGUUAUAUAUGCAAAACUCACAUACACAAGAAAUUUCUGGCUAUUUGCCUGAGUCUCUAGGUGUUUGUGGUUUGGUGAAUAUAGGAAGCUGCCGUAUACUGAGUCAGAUGAUUGAUCCAUUACUGUCUACACUGACUGGCAGUGACUUUCCAAGGUUUCAGGCAGGAGUCUUUCCCAGUCCUUCCUGGAGAUACCAAGGAUUGAAUUCCAAACCUUCCCCGUGUAAAACAGAUGAUCUGCCACUGAGCCAUGACCCUUCUCCUUUGUGGGAGAAGCAUGGAGACUUGUAGCCCCCUGCCUUUAGUCUCAAAAAUGCCACAUGCCCUAGCACCAGAAAUGUUACAGCGAGCUUCUCCUUGUUUUGUUUAGCUCAUAGAGUUUGACUGAAAAGCAAAGCAGCGCCAAGCAAGUUGAGAUGUAGCAGGUCACUGCAGUUCAACAGAUUUGGACGCUGUAUAACUUCCAGCCUCUCCCCCCACCCCCAGACUUGAGCAGGAUUGGAUGCCCCAACUGCAGCUGAAAUGGAGAGGGACAAAGAAACCCAUGGAUUGCUCCAUUUUCUCAAUAGACCGCUCAACUUAUAUCUGGGGGGUUGACUCUCUCCCCACCCUUUUUCUUUCCUUUUGCAUUUUCUCAAAUGCCUAAGAUUUUCCUGCAGAAGUGAUGGCUUCUUCCGUUUUGCAGAGUCAAAUUGCCCAGCCUAAUGGGUUCCACCCUUUGUGCCCUCUGCAAGAUGCUGCAAUUGUUAGUUGGACAUUCUUGCACAUUAAUCCGAUUGCAUCUUAGAGCAGAUUGCAACAUUUAUUGCAAGCCCACACAUACAGAGGGUGCAUUCCUUUGUUCAAUUGGACAUUUUUCUGUUCAAAAAUGCCUGCAGGGAGAUGUUUCUCCUCCUAUGCCUUCCUGGUGUGUAUUGGGAUGAAAAAUAAGCAGCCUUUUCCACACUGCAAAAAUAACACCUCCUCUUCAUUUUGCAAUAGAUUCUAACACUUUGGGACUUUUCCUCUUGCUUGUGUGCAGGUCAUAGAGAAGAUUUCCUUGCCGUACUUUGCCACGUCGCUAAGCUUGUCUCCUGCUGCCUGCAUUAUAGCCGUUGGCUUCAGUGGUGGGUAUUCAGAAGACCCCAAUGGGCAGGUGGGGGUAGUGUCCGAAGACCCCUGGGAAGGCAGUCCUGUAUAUGGAACGAGCCAAGUAACCUUGCAUAGGAACAUAGGAGACAGCCUCACAUGGAGUCAGGUCAUUUGUCCAUCUUGCUCAGUAUUGCUACACUGACUGGCAGCAGCUCUUCAGCGUUUCAGGUAGAUGUUUCCCCUUCCCUACCUGGAGAAGCUGCCAGGGACUGAGCCUGGGACCUCUAUGAAUGCAAAGCAUAUUCUCUACUUAAAUAUCUAUGGCACUUCCGGCUGCCUGGGAAGGUGAUGGGGCUCUCCUGUGAUGAAAGUAGUUAAGGUGAAGCUGGAUGGCUGUCAAGAGUGGUGUAGUUGCCGCCUGCAUUGGAAAUACAGCACUAAACAUAGGAAGCUUCCUUAUGCUGAGUCAGACCAUUGGUUCGUCUAGUUCAGUAUUGUCUACACUGACUGGUAGCAGCACUCUUAAGUUUUCAGACUGGGAGUUUCUCCCUGUCCUACCUAGAGAUGCUAGGGAAUGAACCUGGGACUUCCUGCAUGCAAGGCAGAUGCUCUAGCACGGAGCAUUCCCCUUUUGUGUUUCCAGUGCCCCGCAGAAGUGUUAUCGCCUAUCAGACAGGUGGGGCACCUGUGAGAACGUAAGAAGAGUCCUGCUGGAUCAGGCCAGUGACCCAUCUAGUCCUGCAUCCUGUUCUCACAGGAGCCUGCCAAGUGCCCAUGGGCAGUCCACAAACAGGACCUGAGUGCAGCAGCACUCUGCCCACUUAGGAGUCCUGGGUACUCAGAGUGGAGGUAGAACAUGGUCAUCAUGGCUGGUAGCCACUGAUAGCCUUACCCUCCAUGAAUUUGUCUAAUCCUUUUUUAAAGCCAUCCAGUUGUGCAUAGGGAUGGACCUGCAGGAGACUUCAUUGGUGCUGAGUGUUAUUCUCACGCUUUUGAGCAUACGUUCAUAGUCACUAAGCCUAGAAACUUGAGAUCACUCUCACCUUCAGGGAGCAGAAGGUCGGGCAGUUGGCUUUGCCUAAAAGCCCAUAGGGAGCCCACCGAGGAGGUCCAAGGAAGCUAGCAAAACUUUCCAACUCGGGCACUGCAUUGCCUUGCUUUUUUUCUUUCAAAACCUGUUCUGUUAUUGCCCUCAGGUGACAAAGCAAUGACCAAUUUCAUAUGGCUGGUAAAAAACACCUUCAGAGCAUUGUAGCCUCGCUUGCAUGAGUCAUCUGGUCAGAAGGUUCCUGGGUGCUCUUUAUUAAUGUCUCUGCCCUCCCCCCCCCCCCGAGGGUGGGGCAGCCUGGUGAUUUAUUGUCUGAGGAACUCGAAAAUCCUGACGCCAACCCUGGCUGAGAUUCUUGGGCAGAUGAUUUUUACACAUGUACACAUCCCUCAAAUUUAGAAUGGCACUGUCCUUGAUUUAUAAAAGGAUGUUUUCUUAGCCUAUGGCUUUGUCUGCCCUACAGAGCGCAUGUUGAGGCUGAUUGAGCACCCAAAGAAGGCCGAGAGAGACUACCUGGGCCACGAUGAUGCUGUGUGCCUCUGCCGGUUUACCCCGUCUGGGAAACGCCUCUUCACAGCUUCCUAUAAUGAGAUCCUGGUGUGGGAGGUCCACAGCAGAGGAACGCAGAAAGCAGGUUCCAUCACCAGUUGAGUAGGGUGCAAACAUGGUUGCUACCUCACAGCCCUGAAAACUCCCCAUCCCGAUGCUGUGCAGCGGCUCCAGCCUCCUGUUUCUGGUUCAGCAACCGAAAAUGCCCAGGAGCUGCACAGCUGUCCCCAUUGGACCAUUCCUAUUGGACCCAAGCAGGACCAUUCCAUGAUCUCCAUUUGACAUUCCAAGAAGUGAAAAUGGUCAAUGGCGAUUAGCCAGAGCCUGCAGGGAUUGGGAGCCAAAACACCAAUGCCCCCCCUCCACAUGUGUUUCUCCUCUAUUUAGGCAUACAAGCCCCUUACCUGUCAAUCACCGCCUUCAUCUUCAUAUUGGGAUGCAGGGCGGGAAGGAGUCCCCGUUUCCUACAUUUUCCUACGUUCUGGCUGUCUUAUCUCCUUUUUCACCAUGGUAGGACAGCUAGCUUGAUCAGAGCUCCUGAAAUUUGGGGCAGGCAAGCUGUAGGUUGAUGCCUGGAUUUUAUGGGGAUGUCUGUUGCCCUCUUUCCUGUUGGCUGCAGUGGGCAUCAAUGCAGGGAUCUGAUAACAGCCACUUCUCAAGCAAGCAGGGCAUAGCCUCAUCCACAUUUUCUGAAUGGGAAGGUUCUAGGACUGACUGACCUAAGCUGCUCAGGAUCAGGAUCCAACACACCAGCAUUUUCACACUUCCUUGACCCCCUUGAAGUUGAAGGAUGGGCAGUGGUCACUCAGAAAUAGCCCAGCCCCUCAUGAAGAGCAGCGGUGGUCAUUUAGAUACUCUUCCAGAAUGUCACUUUUGAAAUGCUGACGAAGAGAUGAUGAAGAGACUAUAACUUGUUAUGUAUUACAGUACAAUUGCGUCCUGCACAGGGGUAAUGUUCCGGGGCUGGCGCAUAUACGCAAAAACACAUAUACUCAAACCACUCUCCCACAAGAACUUCCCAGAACCCAGUAAGCAAGUAUGAGAGCUUAAAAGCUCUUUCUGGGCCAGGAAAACCUUAUGCAAAAGGAGCUUUUAAGCUCUCCCAUCAUGGGUACAAGUAAUUUGUCUGAUUUCAACUGGGUGGCUUUCAACUGCGUAAGGUUCAAAUCACGCAAGUUAAAUGUGUAUAAGGUGCGAUUUUGCUGUAUAUAUGGAUUAGGAUGAGUUUCUUGAUUCUUAGCAUUAAGAAUGUGUACACAUUGAACAUUCCUCCCUCUCCCUGCAAAAAGAGAGACCAAAAUGGGUUCAUUAUUCCUCGCUCAUCUGUCCCAAUACUAAAUUUUGAUUUUAUGGUUCUCUUUACUAAGUUUUCUGUUGACUGUAUGAGAACCAGAAGGGAUUACACACACACUCCAGCAGUUUGCUGUAUUCUCUCAGCAAAUACAGUGGCAAAACAUAUAAAAUCACACACAAAAAUCAGCUGUGACCAUGAUAAGGAUAAACACCAAGUGUAAACUUUGUGAGCACAAAUUUGCCUUUCUUUUUUCAGAAAGAAAAAUAUUUUUAAGGAGUAUUAUCAGGGAUGUUCUAGAGUGUUUUUUUAAUUCAGAUUUUGCAAAUGUUUGUGUUUUUUUAGAAUCCACAGAUGAUUGGGCAAUAGUUUGCUUCUGAGGUGCAAAGCUGAUAGAAAUGGAAUUGCUCAUAAACCAGGCAGUGAAACAAUAUUUCCACCACUGUAUCUCAAAUGUGGCCUUAACACAUAACUACAUAGCUAGAGUUUUUGUUUGUAAUUUAUAGUAAGAUGGAAGUUUUUAGUAAGAUGUGUUUUUUAAUUUUUGAUCUAAAAUAAAGUAGUAUUUUUGUGCAUUUGAA